AGUUACUGACUGAUAGAGCAACUGAUGACAAUGUGGUCCUAAUGUAACUCAUGGUCUCUCUUAUAUCCGCACCAUCAAAUAAGAAGAAGUCCAGCCAAUCCAGUGGGGGACAGCGCAAUCAUAUCGUGGCUGCAAUAGACCACUCAAAGUACAACCACGCGUUUACCUACAAGCACAAACCGUACGGGUUUCUGUCACGUGACCGACCCUUGUAUCCUGUUACCCUCUCUUUUGAGGAGAUCCAGGAGUACGAGUUAGCAUUCAAGAACUACGAUGUUAACAAGGAUGGUGUGAUCUGCGUAGACGAACUGUGUGAUUUGUUGGAAAGGGUGGGGCUGCGUCCCUCAGAGAAGGAGGUAGUAGAAAUGAUUAACUCAGUGGACAUGAACAAUGACGGUGUGCUUAGUUUCUGUGAAUUUGUAAAACUAAUGUCCCGCCAGCACAAUCCUUUUAUAACUCCUAAAGAACAGUUCGAGUCCGUCUUCAGGGUAUUUGACAGAAAUAACAGUGGUCAUCUGAGCAGAGUGGAGUUCAAGAAUACACUCUUCAGUAUAAGUUUGAGGAUAUCGGAGGAGGAACUUGACUCAAUACUGGAUAAUCUGGACAGGGACAAAGAUGGACUAAUUUCUAAACGAGAGUUUCUGAAAGUUUUUAUCACGGGAGAUAACAGCGCGUGACAUGACGUCAUGUCACGUGGUGUGACGUCAUGUCACGUGGUGUGUCGUCAUGUGACGUGGUGUGACGUCAUAUCGUAUGUUAUGCAUUAUGAUAAACUAUUUUUAUGCAUAAGUCAAGGUAUUUUACUAGACUGAAAAAUAAACGAUCUGCUUCUUUUUCUUUCUUGGCCUAGAAGAUUUUCUCGAUGAGAUUUUUAUGUUUUAUCACAAUGAGAUACAUAAUAGAACUAAUGUUUGAAACAAU